AUGUUUCAGCAGGUUAAAGAGCGAGGUGAUGUUGCUGCGUACGGCCGUCAUGGCAAAAGGGGCGCUGGCGGGCCUCGACCAAAGAAGGCCCCACGAGAUAUCACCUGGGUCCAUGUUCCAUACAAGCGUGCGGGAAAGAAGAUGGACAAGAAGUCGAGAUGA